GCCGCAGUGUGACCACUGUUUCUAAAGUGUACUACUUUUGUUGAAACAAACUUAAAAUUUUAGCUAAUAAUAACAAAUUAGUAAGGAAAUUUACCAGUCGACUACGAACAGAUCAAUUGGUUCCUAUGGCUGGAAACUUUUGGCAGAGCUCGCACUCCCAGCAAUGGAUACUAGACAAGCAGGACCUACUGCGGGAGCGGCAACAUGAUUUGCUUGCCCUCAGCGAGGAGGAGUAUCAAAAGGUGUUCAUCUUCUUUGCCAAUGUAAUUCAGGUGCUGGGAGAGCAACUAAAAUUGCGCCAGCAGGUUAUAGCCACAGCGACGGUGUAUUUUAAGCGUUUCUAUGCUCGCAAUUCUCUGAAGAAUAUAGAUCCUUUGCUGCUCGCCCCCACCUGUAUUCUGCUGGCUUCCAAGGUGGAGGAAUUUGGUGUUAUUUCCAACUCUCGGCUGAUAUCCAUAUGCCAAUCGGCGAUUAAGACCAAGUUUAGUUACGCCUACACGCAAGAGUUUCCAUACCGCACGAAUCAUAUUCUGGAGUGCGAAUUCUAUUUACUAGAGAAUCUCGAUUGCUGCCUCAUUGUUUAUCAGCCAUACAGACCAUUGUUGCAACUGGUGCAAGACAUGGGACAAGAGGAUCAACUGCUCACUCUCACCUGGCGUAUUGUAAACGAUUCAUUGCGCACGGAUGUGUGUCUGCUCUAUCCGCCGUAUCAGAUAGCCAUUGCCUGCCUACAAAUUGCCUGUGUUAUACUUCAGAAAGAUGCCACCAAGCAGUGGUUUGCCGAACUUAAUGUGGAUCUCGACAAGGUGCAAGAGAUUGUGCGAGCCAUUGUCAACCUUUACGAGAUGUGGAAAGACUGGAAGGAGAAGGACGAUAUACAAAUGUUAUUGUCUAAACUGCCCAAACCUAAACCGCCUCCUCAACGAUGAUACGAAAUCCCCAAUGGGAAACAAUAAAAAUAAAACUACAUUUCUCUUUAA